UCAGUUUGUUAACUUAAAUUAUUAGUGUUUAAUAUAAGCAAAAAACAAGCAGGGAUUCCAUGUCAUUGGUGCUUUUGCGCAAUCUCACGGUCUUGCCCAGGGCACAAUGGCGGCGCAACUAUUCCAGCAAUCAGCAGCUGCAGCCCGUUAAGAUGGACUAUGCCGUGUACCAGAUGCCUCAUAGUCUGCUUAAGGAGCCACCCAUUGUGGUGAUGCACGGCCUGAACUUGUCCCGUGCCCACUGGCGUCGAGUUGCUCGACAUCUGGCAAAGCGGGGCUCCCGACGAGUCCUCGCCGUUGAUGCACGCAAUCAUGGCCUGAGUCCGCAUAAUCCCAGUCACACGCCCGCCCAUAUGGUCGCCGAUGUCCUGGCCUUUAUGAAGCAGCAGCAACUGGGCCGCAUCGUGGCCUUGGGCCACAGCAUGGGGGGACGAACGAUGAUGACGCUGGCUCUGCAACAGCCCAAGAGGGUGGAGCGCGCCAUCUUUGUGGAUAUCACACCUGUGGGCAUUCCCAAGGACUUGUUUCUGACACCGGCGCUCUUUGAAUUAAUGCAGCGCCUGGCACCAACAAUUCCAACUGAGCUCUCGUUGUCCGAAGGCAGGAAGUUCGUACUGCCCCAUUUCAGCAGUCUGGUGAAGAGAGAUGUGGAUCUGCAGCUAAUUAUUAUGAAUCUUCGCAAGCUGCCGAGUGGGGAGUUCGCCUGGGCUGUGAAUCCAGAGGCCAUCAUUAAAGGUUGGAGCAGCACUGUUUCGCAUUACGAGAAAACUGUGAAAGGCCUAAAGCCCUAUGUAGGUCCAGUUAUGCUCAUUGCGGGCAAACAAUCGAAAUUCGUAACGUCCUCGUCUCUGAAGAAAAUGAAGCAAUAUUUCCCAAAGACGAAAGUUGUGUAUUUGGAUGCGGGCCAUCGAGUACAUCAGGAUCAGCCGAAUAAGUUUGUUGAUUUGGUUGUGAAUUUCACCAGAGGGUAAUGAAUGUUUUCAUUGUAAUUAUAUGUGUCCUAAAUUUUAUGUUCAAAAUUGCCAAAAUGUGUUCAAUUAAUAAUAAAUAAAUGUGAUAUAUUGUGAACAAA